AAUCUCCGGGAUCGUUUUCCCUUUGAGCCCCUGCCAGAUCCAGGGGGGAUUAACGAGGGGAGAGAUGCAGCGGGAGGUUCUCCAAGUAACUUUGGGCCCAGGAAGGAUGCUGUUCCCGCGGCUCCUGCUGUGCCUGCUGGCCUGGGCGCUGUGCGGCUCCGGGAAGCCGACGGAGCGCAAGGAGCGGGUGGUGCGGGAGGCCCCGCUCAGCGCCCGCGAGCACGACGACGCCCAGAGCUUCGACUACGACCACGACGCCUUCCUGGGAGCCGAGGAGGCCAAGAGCUUCGACCAGCUCACCCCCGAGGAGAGCAAGGAGCGCCUGGGAAAGAUUGUGGGGAAAAUAGACGAGGAUGGCGACGGGUUUGUGACGGUGGAGGAGCUCAAGGCCUGGAUCAAGUUUGCCCAGAAGCGCUGGAUUUACGAGGAUGUGGAGCGGCAGUGGAAGGGCCACGACCUCAACGAGGAUGGGCUGGUUUCCUGGGAGGAGUAUAAAAAUGCCACCUAUGGAUACAUCCUGGAUGAUCCGGACCCCGACGACGGCUUCAACUACAAACAGAUGAUGGUGCGGGACGAGCGGCGCUUCAAGAUGGCCGACAAGGACGGGGACCUGGCGGCCACCAAGGAGGAGUUCACGGCCUUCCUGCACCCCGAGGAGUACGACUACAUGAAGGACAUCGUCGUGCAGGAAACCAUGGAGGACAUUGACAAGAACGGUGACGGCUUCAUUGAUCUGGAGGAGUACAUCGGUGACAUGUACAGCCAGGAUGGUGACGCCGACGAGCCCGAGUGGGUGAAGACGGAGAGGGAACAGUUUGUGGAAUUCCGGGACAAGAACCGGGAUGGGAAGAUGGACAAGGAGGAGACCAAGGAUUGGAUCCUGCCCUCGGACUACGACCACGCCGAGGCCGAGGCCCGGCACCUCGUCUACGAGUCCGACCAGGACAAGGACGGGAAGCUGACGCGGGAGGAGAUCGUGGACAAGUCGGACCUGUUCGUGGGCAGCCAGGCCACGGACUUCGGGGAGGCGCUGGUGCGGCACGACGAGUUCUAGGCCUGUGCCGCCACCUGCUCAGGGGCUCCGUCCCGCGCCCAGGCCGCUCCCGCCACGGGAAACCCCAUCCCGGCUCCAAAGGGAUGGGGCUCGGGAAAGCCACACACCCCUCCCCCAGCACUUGGGGCUCGUCUUGUCGUGGGUUUUCCUGGGAUUUUAACGACUUUGGGGUUAUUUUUGUAUGUUUUGGUUUUACCAUGUGUGGAAAUGGCUCCCCCCGCCACCACCGUUCCCGGUGUGGGGGCGGCGAUGGGGCCACCCGGGGCUACGGGGGGAGUGGGGGAUUCACAGCGGGAUUGGGAUUGGAGGUGGAAUAAAAGUCGGAAUUGGGACGCAGGUUGAAAUUGGAAUUAAAAAAUUGGAACUGGAGCUGGAAUUGGAAUUAAAAAUUGGAAUUUGAAUUGGGAAAUUAAAAUUGGAAUUAAAGUUGGAAUUGGAAUUAAAAUUGGAAUGAAACAUUAAAGUGAAAAUUGGAAAUUGAGAUGGGAUUUAAACUUGAGAAGUGAAAUCAAAUUAAAUGGAAACACUGAUGUGAAAUUGGAAUGAGAAUUCAAACCCUCAAAAAGCCCCCUGAAACCCAUCGGAGCAGCAGCAGGACCCCGGGAGGUUCCAGGGGGGCACCCAGAGAGGACCCCCAGGGGAGGUAACUCCGGGGGCAUGGGAACCCCCCCUUCCCCAUCGUUGCCCCCCAGGAUCUGGCCGGGCCCCCCCCCCCCCGGCCCCACUCCAAGUGCCUUGAAUCCCCCCAGCCUGGGCGUGGGUGGGCUCAUCCAGCCAUCCCACCCCGCUCUGGGAUGAUUCCCAGUGUUUUUCCUCUUCUGGGUCAUUUGUCCCUGCCCGCAGCUCCCAGAGCUGUGUGGAAUUGGCCUGGUCGCCCCCAAAUUCCUGGGUUUUCCCUUAAAUCCUUUUCCAAGGGUUUCCAAGUGCUGACUGGAUCCUCCCUCCUCCUCCUCCUCCUCCUCCUCUCCCACCUCCCCGUCCCUAAAUCCAGGGGCGAGCGUGUUGGGAACAUGUCCUCAUGCCAGGCUCAUGGAUCUGGGAAUGUGGGGGGUGGUUUGGGACACCAGGGGUAGUUUGGGACAGCAGCUGUGAUUUUGGGAACACCGGGAACGCCCCCCCUGUGCACCAUCAGCCCCUGUGGUCCCUCUCCUGCUUCCCCCAUCCACGAGGAUUUGAGUCUCCCUGACGACUCCGGACACGGAUUUUUUGCCUUCUCGGGGUUUAUUUGGUUCUCUGCUCUGGCUGAUUGAAGGGAUCCGUGUCGGCUGGGGCUCAAUAAACUGUUCAACCCCCACGGGCCGGGGGGCCAGACCCCA